AUGCAUCAGAAGAAAUAUGUGAAGGACUUAUUGGAGAGAUUCAAAAUGACUUGUUGUAAUGAUGCUAGAAGCCCACUCGAGGUUAAUGUGAAGCUGAAAAUAGAUGAAGAUGAAGAAGGUGUAAAUGAAACUGAUUAUAGACAACUUGUCGGAUCCUUACGGUUCUUAUGCAGUAGCAAGCCAUAUUUAAUGUUUGGAGUUGGCUUGAUUAGUAGGUUCAUGUGCAAACCAAAGAAAAGUCACAUGACUGCAGCCAAAUGCAUGCUUAGAUAUAUCAAAAGGACUUCAGAUUAUGGCAUACUAUUUCCUUAUGGUAUGAAGCAGGAAGAGUUGAGAUUAGUUGGAUAUACUGAUUCUGACUUUGGUGGUGAUCAAGUUGAGAGAAAAAGCACAUCUGGGAAUAUAUUCUUUCUGAACAAGGCACCCAUAUCGUGGAGUUCCAAGAAGCAAACUGUCAUUGCCUUAUCCAGUUGUGAAGCAGAAUACAUAGCCGGUUGUGUUGCUGCUGUCAAGGGGUGUGGUUGA